AUAUUGUAGAAAUUGACUUUUGUAAUAGAGAAAAUGUCUCAAAUUGUGGUGAACCCAAGAAAUGGUCUAGCAGAUGAACAAGUUACCAUAAAAUUUACGAAUUUACGUAAAAGUCAAAAGAUCACAAUACAAUCUUGCCAAACAAGUGAUAGUGGAGCGGAAUUUCAUUCAUAUGCAUAUUUCGAAGCUGACGAUAACGGAGAAGUCGAUUUUCAAACCGCCUCUUCCCACGGAGGUUAUUUCCAUGGAAUAGAUCCCAUAGGCUUGUUUUGGUCUAUGAAAAAAAUACCAAUUUCAAAGAAAAGUUAUUCUUCGCUGAAUAAAAUGAAUGUGGAGAGGCCAAGUGUGGUGCUGCUUAACUUGUAUGAUGGACAUGUUAACAUUGACGCGAGUCUUGCUACAGGAAAUUUAUAUCCUCUGAGUUUAGUUUCGACUACAUUCGAACGGAGGUUUUUGGAUUCAAAAAUCGAUCGUGUUCUUGUACAAACGGGUGAUCUCAGAGGAGUUAUGUUCGUCCCACGUAGCAAAAAUCGUUUUUUAGGAGUAAUCGAUAUUAAUGGAGCAGUUGGUGGUUCUCUUGAAUCCCGCGGGGCAUUAUUGGCAAAUCACGGAUUUGUUGUGAUGUGUCUUAGUCUUUUUGGAGCAAAUGAUCAACCAAAAACAAUUUCAUUUAUAGAUUUGGAAUACAUAGAAAGGGGGAUCAAUUUUCUACUUAGUCACAAUAAUGUGCAGAAAGAUGGUGUGGCCCUCGUUGGAAUGUCUCUCGGAGGAACCGCUUCAAUGGCUGCAGCAGGAUGCUUGGAAAAUAUAAAAUGUAUUGUGAACAUCGUAGGACCUAUCGUUGCUAACUUAGGAUUCCAUUACAGAUAUAAAGGUCGGCAAUGGAAAGCAGUUGAAGUGAACAGGAAUCUUGCCAUAGAUGUUGAUGGUGCGCAUAUUUUGGAGAAAGUGGUUCAAAUCCCAAAAUUGAAAGAUUUAUUUAAUCACAUUCCGAAUUUUAGCAAAUCCAAAGCGCCAAUGCUUUUCAUAUAUGGAUCUGAGGAUUCAUUUAUGGACUGGCGAUCUUAUGUGUUGCUGAUUAAUGAAAUUUUCACCGAGUCAAAAAAGACAAACUAUAAAAUAAACAUAUACAAAGGAACAGGACAUCUCUUGUUGCCUCCGGUCGCGCCACUUGUGAAGGAAUCCUUCUAUGACUCCAAAAAUGUGGCGCUUUACGGAGGUUCGCCCAAAUCACAUUACGAAGGACAAAUAAAUGCUUGGAUUGAUAUCAUAGAAUUUUUGAAACAAAACAAUACGCCUUUGUCAAAUCUUUGAACUUUAUUGUGUGAGACGUUCAACCUAAUUUGUUGAUAUUCUAUCUUGAUACAUCUAUUUGAUGAUGCGUCUUGAAAAGCGUCUUGAUGAAAAACAACCACUUUUCAGAUUAUUUCAUGCAUGCCUCUACUUAAAGAAAAAGUUUGCGUUACCCUAGGUUUGAGCUGGCAUUAUACUGAUUAUUUAUAAUAAACUAGACACAACAGACAACACACUGGGUGCAUUGUUUAGCUAUUAGAAUAGCGCCUGUUCGGAUCAUACGAGGAGAAUAUCGUGAGUAAUUAUUAUUCAGUAUAAUUGCAUAAAAAUAAAUAUAAUUGCUUUUACUCCGCGUCAUUGGGAGAGAGAGGGAAGCCUGGGGCCAUUUCAAAAAUAGCUCGAGGAUGAUUAAAUAAAGGAACGAUUUGUGGACACGCAGAACUUCUGCUCAAACGAAGUUUCGUCAAACGUAUGUCUUCAUCCUAGUUCAAUAUGGAAAAGAAGCAGCAAAUUAUAAUUAACCCGGAAUGCUCAUGUGUAGGUGAACCAGUUUCUAUAAGAGUUAUUAACCUCAAGCAGAAGCAGAAAAUCACGAUGCAAUUGUACCAGGCCAGCAAAAAAGAUGUUGAUUUCCACGCUUACGCUCAUUACGAGGCUGACGAAAAAGGGGAAGUAAAUCUCACAAUUACGCCUUCAACAGGGGGUUACUUUACUGGCGUGGCACCAAUGGGACUUUUCUGGGCGUUGGAGAGAAUUCGUGUGCACAAGAAAGACUUUUCAGUGUUUGUGAGAUUCAAUAUAACUGAUCCAAGCGAUGUGUUGAUAAACGUUUAUGACGACCAUGUUGAACUCAACAAGAGAGCAACUGAUGCUACUCACAAAGACUGUUCCUUGUUAGCAUGUGCUAAACUGAAGCGACUUUAUAUAAACUGUACCACUAGAUCGAAAUUGUGAAUAAAUGUGAACCAAAGCAAG